GGGAGCCCUCAACACGGCGAGUGUCAUGGGGAUCUACAGGGACACGAUCGUAUUCGGCUUCGAGGUUCCAAGGCCAGGAAGGACGGUGAGAACUGGGUCCCGAUGACGGAGACCGCCGGGCUCAGCGUCAAGCUCCACAAUGCGAUCCACGUCACGGCGGUCGACUACCAAGGGCACCGUCAUGCACUUGUCUGGGGUCGUCAAGGUGCGCACGCCUCUGUUCCAGAGCAUCUCCGCGUUUACCUGGGGUGGUCCAUGAGGACAAGGGUGUACGAGAUGGCGCAGACGAGGGUGGGCAGGGGCAGAAAGGUGAUCAUGAGCUCCGGCGCGGGCAGAAUCCAGGAGUGGAGGCAGAUGAUGGUUAAGAACUUCUCCUACAUCGUGAUCGACCUAGCGAUCGACGUUAGCGUCUUGCAGAAGAACGUGAGGGGAGUCUCCGUCAAGCCCUACAACUUCAACACCGAAUUCAGACUGCAAGUGUUCGCCGCCGCGCGCAGAGGCUCGGUUGUGAUGUGGGCUAAGUGCCAGCCCAAGGAGUUCCUUGCCCUGCCUGAACUCGUUGUUGGUCACGAACAAGUGCGCGACUGAGUCCAGUCCUCGGAGUUCGUUCAUGGUUCAGCAGCUUGUGAGCCAAGCUGACGAUGUCGAGGGAUCUUUUCACGGAGG